UUUGAUUCGACACAGAGUGUAUUAAGGAUUAAACUGUAUUUCGGUGAGCAGAAAGAGUUUCUUUUAUUCAUUGCCGAAGAAAAUGCAAACAAAAAUAAACUCUCAACCCGGUCAAUAGUUCAAAACGUCUAGAAAACUAACUAACGGGAAGAUGCUGGCAAUACUUUAUUUUUUUUAAAUCUUUAGGGCUACUUCAAGAACAUUUUAUGACAAAACUUUCAUUUCUUUUAUUUGCGGGCUGAAGAAAAUGCAAAAAAAACAUAUUUUUUCAUUUCAACAAUAUAUGAAACUGUUUAUAAAACUGACUGACGAAGAAAUACUACCAAUACUUCAAUCUUUAUGGCUAGUUCUAGAUAAUUUUUUGGGAAAAAUGGUAUAAAUUUGGUUGGAACAUUUUUUGUUCGCGCCAUACUUGUAUAGUUCUAAAAUAUUUAGAAUCAAGAUCGUUUCUUAUUUUUAUCAACGCUUCAAAUUAUUUUCAGUGACCAUUCGACAAGGUAUGUGUCUCAACUACUCAUCACAGCACAUACAAAAACCAUUACGAAAUGGUGGUGAGUAUAGCACAUGUGAUUUUGUUAUCAGUGCCGCUGUUUUCGUCGGCAUAACUGAUUACACAACACAAAAACAGCUGUUUCGUUAGGUUAAGAAUUCAAAGAUCUACGGGGGGUUGUGGUGGAGAGCGAGCAGCGGAAUUUGACUUUUGCUUUAUUGUGUGCGUUUGUGUGUUUGUUUGAGUGAGUGUGGGGAGAGCGCCGCACAGCAUGUGGAACUGCAUUAAACAUUUUCCUACACAUCUUUGAGCCCCUCCUAUUGCGCGCUGUGUCGGCGUAUAAUGUGGGGUGUUUGGCCGGCAUGACUGUCAGUUGAUAUUCAUAUGUUGAGAAAUUAACAACGGUAUUAGUUAAGGUGACAUACUAGAUACUAUUUACUACAUGCUCGUGAGAUGAAUUGAAGAACAUUCGAACAACAUAAGACAUAUACAACGACAGCGACAAGACAAUUCGUAGUAGUGGUGAAUUAUACAAUAAAAUAAAAUAACUCCAAUCAGCAGCCCGCUGUCGAUGGAUUGCACAUUGUUUUUCUUUGCCAACCAAUAGCGGCUACAUAACAUUAAACCGAGUUUUCGGCCACAAAAACAAAAAUCACGUAUAUUAUGUAAAACAAAGGGCUAACAAAGUAUUAAAGUGCCGUAAAGCGUUUGUGUUAUACAAUUUUGGAAAUAGUUUGAAGUUCUGAUGAAAUCAAGUAAAUUUUUUUUUCUACUAACGAUUUGAAUGUCGUAUAUUACGAAAAUAAAUUAAAUAACAGAAACCAAUAAAUAUUACAAAAUAUUGUAAAAAAUUAACGUAAAUAUAGAUAAAAAGUUCAUAAAUCAAAAUUUUUAAUUUAUUAAAUAAUAAAGGCGAGUAAGUGCUAUUGCUGUGCAGGCAUUGUGAACAAAGUGUUGCUAGUUAAGGACAAGCGCGGUCGCUGGCCAGACGAGGCAAGGGCAAAGCAUUCAAAUAGUGCAUAUACAUAGAUAUCUAAAUGUAUAUGUCUAAGUAUAAUUGAAAGCAUUAAAUUGCGCGACGGUUACGAGUGCAAUUUUAUGAACGCAAUUCUCGAAGCAUUGUGGAUUUAAAUUGGACAUUUUUCGCCAACAAACACGCGCCCUUACGUUGUCCGUUGCAGCAACAUACCCCGUCCGACCGCCAGCAGCCCUAGUCGAACGUUAUAGAGUAAAAGUGCAAGUGAAAAUUUUCCAUCGCACGCUUUCCUCAAGUCCGCCGUAAUAUGUUGACCGUAUCCAAAGGGCCCAGCAAGAUUGUGGCUAAAACACGCAGAGGUGUUCCGCAAAAUUAUGAGAAAUUAUUUGAAAUCAAAGAGAGCGGUCGCCGAUCCUCUGAUCUUAAUAGUCCGGAGAAGAAAAGUGCACCACGUCCUGUCUUCAAAAAAUCUGCAUCGAACGGCCGACACAUAGAAGAGGUCUCAUUAACACCACAGCAUGAGGAGAUUGUACAAUACAUCAAUGACUCGUGGAACGUCAUUGUGGCGCAUAAUCCUUACGACACCGCGUUCGAAAGCAAUGGCCAUGUGGAACAACCUGCGGACUCCAACAACAACUCUGCUGGUUCAUCCAUCGCAUCCACCUCAACAUCAUCGGCUGCCUCAUCGGUAUGCACAUCACCGCAACCGACCGCAUCGAUCUAUUGCAUCGAACCGCCGAGUCCGGUGUUGAGCGAUUUCAAGCCAUUCGAUUUGGUGACUUGGUGGUACGAUCGCCUGUGUGAUGUUAAGAGCACGUGAAGUGUGACGACGAACUAAAUAUAGCGAGAGAGUGAAUGUGCGCGCGUAUGUGUGUGUGUGUGUGUGUGGGUGUGUGACGUAAAUGUACAACGAAAUGCUAUUGGGUAAAUUGAAAAACAAGCGUAGACACAUAAUUACAAUUAAUAUACAACCAAAAAAAGUGGCAACGAUGAAAAUUCGUGCAUAAAACACACAAAUUACAAACAAAUUAAGUAAAUCAUAAACAAUUGUGAAUUGUCAUCACCUGCGUCAGACAGUCGUCGUUGUUGGCGUGGUAGUGCAGUGUAAUUAACAUACAUAUAUACAUACUUGUAUAUAGAAAUGCACAUAUAUGCAGACUAUACAUAUAUGCAUACUUACAUAUAUGUGUAAAAUAAUUGCUUUUUAAUUAAGUUUUAUGUUUAUAUUUACUGCAGAUAUGUUUGUUCGUUUUUUUAACUAGCUGUUACAGUACUAAAGUAAUAAAUAUUGCAUAAAAAAAUAUUUUUAAAUUUUUAUAAUUAUUUAGAAACUCAAAAAAUUACAAUCCUAAUAGUAAUAAUAUGUGUAUAUAUAUAUUAGUUAACGAAAAUAGCAAAGCAAUUUAAAAUAAAUGUCAUGAAGCACUUUUUAUUAGCAAGCACUGUGGAUACGCAGAAGCGUAUAUCUAAGUAAAAUAUUAGCUGUAAAUUAACAACCCAAUUGCUGUGAGAACUCAAGACGCAUGAUAAAUUCAAGAUUUCAUUGAUAAAACAAAUUAAAUUAUGCCAUAAAAUUCAUAGUUACAGCCGGCGAAAAAAGUUAUGUGACAUUAAUAAAGAUAAAGACGAGAGAUGCAAAAAAAAAAAAUAAUAUAGCUUACUUAUUUUUACCCUAAAUUAACAAAUUUCAAUAGUUAGAAAACUCACAUGAAAGAAAAUUUCACCACGCAAAAAAACUCACCAUGAAAAUAAUUCACUAUGAAAAAAAAAAAAAAUUAACCCAAACUUUUGAACAAAAAAAUUAUAAAAUAAAAUAAAAUUUUUCUAUUUGCUUCGCCAUUAAAAAAAUUCGUCACGAAAAAAAAUUCACCACAACUUUUGAGCAAAAAAAUUAUUGAACAAAAAUUAAAAAAAAAUUGUCUACAUUCAUCGCUAUAUUGUACUGAAAUGUUAAUAAAACACAGUUUAAAGAAAUAUUACACCUUGAAACAAAAAUAUAGCACUAAACUAAAAUGUUAGCUACAAAACUAGUUGAGAGCCAUUAUUUCCGACAACACUUUGAGAGGUAGUGUAUAUGGAGUGCAUCUUGUAGCACUCUGCAGGACACUCAGAGCAAUUUCUACUUUUAGCUAUAACAGUUUAUAGCAAUUUUACAGUUAUCCUUAGCUGCUGCGCUAGACACUCUGAAGGCCAUUGUAUUAUAUAGGAAAUGUUAAGUUUGCUGUUAUGAAGUCAACAAACUGUUUUUAAGAAUUGAUAAAGAAAUGUAUGUACAUAUGUCACUGUAUACAAUUAUUGUUGCAUGUUAUAUAAUAUGUGUCUUAUAUAAAAAUAACAAAAUAUUGUUUGCCAUUAUUUUAAGAGCACAGAACAUGCAACUAGAAACUAAAGAAAAAGAAAGCAAAAAAUAAACUGUUUAUUGAGUUACAAAAAAUCGUCGAAAGAAUGAAUAUUACAUUUUUUUUUAUCAAAAGAAGGUAAAAAAAUUUCAAUGUUAAACAUUUUGUAAAAAAUAUUGUACAAAGCUAUUCGUCUAAUCGACGUAUAAUUAACUCUAAAUUGUUAUAUUUUCAGAAAGUAAAAGAUAAAUUUUACAAAAACGCAUACACUAUUUUUCAUCCAAUCGACGAAUACUAAAUUUAUGUAAAAAAAUACAAAACUGUUCAUUCAAUCAACGUAUAAUUUUACAUUGCCAUAUUUUCAGAACAUUUAAGUUUUAUUUACAAAGUUGUUUGCCUAAGUUUAAAAUCUAAACGCAUACAAGAAAAUUUUUCAUCCAAUCGACGUAUAAUUCUACACUGUCAUAUUUUCAGAAAACUUAAAAGUAACUUUUCAAAUUGAGUCAAAAACCGCGUACAAAAAAAAUUGUUCAUCCAAUCGACGAAUAAUAAACUCUUGCUUGCAAUAUUUGUAGAAUAUUAUAUAUGAAUUAAAAAGACUAAAAAAUAACGCAGCUAUGAAGUUAGUCAUACAAUCGAUCUAUAAUUAAUUCUUUAUAGUAGCGAAAAAACAAAAUGUUGCUAUUACAAUGUUUUAUAUUACUUAAUAUGAAAAAAAACAAAGUUUCAUUGAAACGAUGAAUAUUCUUUUUGUUUUGUUUUCUUGUUUUUUUUUUUGUAAAUAGGUAUGUAUGUAAAUUGUAUGUAAAGUCAAGAGCACUUAGCAAAACAUUAUCCAAAGAAAAGAAUUAACUACCAAAAUGGAAUUGCCUCGAAAAUUUUUAAUUUUUUUGUUUAUUUAUCAAGCUUUGCUUGUUUCAACAGACAAUAAUAUUAGUAGGCAAUAAGGUGGCGUAAAAAAGUUGAAAAACACAAAGUUUAUUUAAUAAUGAUAGUUAAACUUUUAAGAAAAUUAAGAAACAUAAAUCAAAUAACGAAUGCAUUUUACGCAAGAAAUAGUUUUGUGGCGAAUGAUAAAGAAAGCUAUGCGAUUUUGCGUUUUAAAAGCAAGUAAAGAAACAAAUUUAAUAUCAUAACGAAAGCAAUUAAUACCAUUUAAUUAGAACUGAUAUGAUAGUUUUGAAUAAGUCACAAACAAACUACGUGUGAAACUUCAAAAAAACUUAUUAGAAAUUUCGUUUAAGAAAAUACAUCUAAUGUACGUAUAACAGUUUAUUUAUUUAUUGCCCGAUUUUGAUAACUCAAUGUACAAUAAUAAAAAUUCAGCGUUAAUAAUAAUAACUGUGCACUUAUUGGAGAUUUUGAAAUUUUUGUAAAUAAAUUCAAAACACAAUUAAUUGAAUUUUUUGUUUUUUAAAAAGUAAAGUAAUGAAUUUAUAAAUUACUGCAAUAUUUCGUGAGUUUUAUUAUAUACGGAGCAGCUACGUUAGCUAUAUGUAUGUGUUUACAGUAAACUAUUGAUAACCAGCAAAAACAAUAAAAAUUAAAUACACUUUAUAGUUAUGAAUACGACACAAUGCGAAAAUUUAUGAAUAAUGCAAAAUAAAUAAGGCGUUGUAAUAUAAAAAUAUGUAAUAAAUAUGAAAGCUUGACUGUUAACAAUGUGGUUGGAAAUUUAUUGUAAAUUUUCGUAAUACAUGGCAGCUAAUACAGCAGAGAAAGUGCUAAUUUUCUGCAUAUCUAUAACAUACAUCUAAAGGAUGUACACUAUAUUUUAGACUAAUUGUCAUGUGAAAAAACUUAAUAAUAUUUUCUUAGAAAGUCUACAAAUACUACUUUUUUUAUUAAGUGUUUUAGAAAGCCUUAAAAUAAUCUUUAUGUAGAAUAUUUCAAAUUUCAACGAAAGCAGGAAAUAGUUCAGUGUACUCUGUCGACAAGAAAAUUAAAUAAAGUACGAGUUGUCGAAUUUUUUAUCGUUAGCAAUAAUUUUUAUGUCGAGCUAAAAAUAACUGUUUUGUAUAUUGCUAAUUUCAACGAAAGAACGAAAUAUUUGCUUAUACACUGUCGGCAUGAAAAGAAAGUAAAAUUGUUGAUUUUUCAUCAUUAACAAUAAUUUUUAAGCCACACUAAAUGAACAUCGUAGCGAUGAACUCAUUUAAUAUACGUAAACAAUACAAAUAUUAUAUAAUGAAAUUUAGCUGUGAAAAAGUGUAGCUAUAAAUGUAAAAGCAACAUGAAUGUCUGGGUCUUCAAUUUAUUUGUUAGAAAAGUUGGUUGAAAACAUAAUUUAUAAUAAAUGUAUAUUGUGUGCACAACUGUUUUUAACAAAUUCAUAAAUUUUGCUUCAUAAAAAUAAUAUAAGUACCAAAAAAUUAGUGCAAAUUGUUGGAAAAUAUGCUUCCAUUAAAUAUGUUUUGGCUUAAAAGAGUACCUACUUAUACGACUUAAAAGUAAAAUUAGCAAUUAUAUUUAUAUCAAAAAAUAAAAUAAGCUAUAAACAAUGAAACAAUUGAAAAAAUUAAACAAAUUUCACUAUAUGUUGCAAGAUCAAAUGUCAUGUUGCAUGAAAUAUUAAUUAUUAUAGCAAUCAAACCCAUACAUUUCUUGGGUGGUCUCAAUAAUAUUUACAUGACUGUAUAAUAUUUACAUAAUUGUAUCAUAUGACAAAAAUUUACACAAAGCAAAUGUGAAAUAAACAUAGAAGCAAGUAAAAUAUUUUAAGCAAAAAUACAAAUUGUAAACGAAAGCAGCUGCAAGAAAAAAUAACAAAAAAUGUAACUGAUGCAAGAACUACAAACUAGUGCAUAAUGAAAGAGCACAAUGUCUAAAGUAAAAUAUAAAAGAAAAGUUGAAAAAAAAUGAGCAAA